UUCUUUACAGGAAGAUGCUUUCUUUUCCUUUCUCUUUGUUCUCCUCUCAUCUUUGCCAGGAAUCACAUUGGUGUAUAUACAGAGGGCACCUGCUUUCUUUGUCCAACGCAAACCAGUCCUCCUCUUCCGAGCACAGCAAUGGCGAGGGUGCCGUCGGAUCCUCUGGUCGUGGGGAUGGUGAUCGGAGAAGUCAUCGACUCGUUCAGCCCGAGCGUGAAGAUGACGGUGACCUACAACUCCAACAAGCUGGUCUGCAACGGCCAUGAGUUCUUCCCCUCGGCCGUGGUGUCCAAGCCCAGGGUGGAGGUCCAAGGUGGUGAUAUGAGGUCCUUCUUCACGCUGGUGAUGACAGACCCAGAUGUGCCAGGCCCUAGCGAUCCGUACCUUAGGGAGCAUGUCCACUGGAUCGUGAGUGACAUCCCUGGCACGACUGAUGCAUCUUUCGGGAAGGAGAUGGUGAGCUACGAGAGCCCCAGGCCCAACAUCGGCAUCCACCGCUUCGUGUUCGUGCUCUUCCAGCAGAAGAGGAGGCAGUCGGUGACGCUGCCGGCCUCGAGAGACCACUUCAGCACCCGCCAGUUCGCGCAGGAGAACGACCUCGGCCUCCCCGUCGCCGCCGUCUACUUCAACGCCCAGAGGGAGACCGCCGCGCGCAGGCGCUGAUGACGGUGCCUCCACACGUACUCUCUCUAGCUGCAUGAUGACUAAUGACUGUGUGAUGCCCCUAAAUAAGCCGCCGCCGCCGCCGCUGCUGUUGUUGAUGAUGAUGAUGAUGAUGAUGAUGUUGUUGAAGUCUUCCUUGGAAGUAGAAGUGGAGUGGAUGUAUAUUAUUAUGCUAAAGAUCUUUAUGUGUUCAAAGUUGUGUUAUAGAUGAGGAUAUCAGCUCAACAAA